GUGAUGGCAAACGGUACAAAAGUGACGGAAUUCCUCCUGCUGGGGCUGACCGAUGACCCACGCCUGCAGCUUCCCCUCCUCAUGACCUUCCUCCUCAUCUACACCAUCACUGUGCUUGGGAACCUGGGGAUGAUCCUGCUGAUCCUGCUGGACGCUCGUCUGCACACCCCCAUGUACUUCUUCCUCGGUAACCUGUCUCUGGUGGAUUUCUGUUCCUCCACAGCUGUCACUCCCACAGUCAUGGCUGGGCUCUUCACAGGAAACAAGCUCAUUUCCUACAAUGCCUGUGCUGCUCAGAUGUUCUUGUUUGCAGCUCUCAUUGGUGUGGAAAAUUAUCUGUUGACUUCAAUGGCCUAUGACCGCUAUGCCGCAGUGUGCAAACCCCUGCACUACACCACCACCAUGAGGCCCAGUGUGUGUGCGGGUCUUGUCCUAGGCUCCUAUGUUGGUGGUUUAUUCAAUGCGUGCAUCCACACUGGGGAAACAUUCAGUCUCUCCUUUUGUAACUCUAAUGUAGUCCACCAUUUUUUCUGUGAUAUUCCAGCUGUCAUGGCUCUCUCUUGUUCUGAUAAACAUCUUAAUGAACAGGUGCUUUUUUAUGCUGUCAGUGUCCCUGUUUUCUUUGCUCUCCUAGUUAUCUGGAUAUCUUACUUCUUCAUUUUUGUCUCCAUCUUGAAGAUGCGCUCAGGGGCAGGACAUCGGAAGGCUCUGUCCACCUGUUCCUCCCAUCUCACUGCCGUCUCCAUCUUCUACGGGACCGCCAUCUUCAUGUACCUGCAGCCCAGCUCCAGUCACUCCAUGGACACAGACAAAAUCGCCUCUGUGUUCUACACCAUGGCCAUCCCCAUGCUGAACCCCGUGGUCUACAGCCUGAGGAACAAGGAGGUCAAGAGUGCAUUCUUAAAGGUCAAACGUACAUUCACUUGUUGGAGACAAAAUAAUGUGUAG